AUGACAAACCUCCUCAACGAAGGCGGCAUCGGCCUCGCCAUGGCCGCCCAACCAAUGUGGUUCUUCGGCCAAGCGAUGAACCAGCCCCCGUGUAUCCCAACACACGCAGUCCUCGACGGGCAACAAACCCCCGGCGCCGAGCUCUGCGGAUGGCCGGACGCGGGAUGUAACUGCCGGAAACCGGGCGUGGGGAUCGGGAACGCGGCCCCGGAUUUCCCAGUGUAUUACAGUUACAGCAAGUGCAACGAUAAUGAGGUCCGGGUUGUGUAUAAUUUGUUCUAUGAGAAGGAUGGAUUUACGCCGUCUGGUGUGUUUGGACACAAGUACGACUGGGAAAGAGUAAUAGUCAUCUGGGCAAAAGACUCCGCAAGCAACUGGCAGCCCUCACAGCUCUUACUCUCCCAACACUCAGGCUACGACCGCAAGAACUGGGGCGACAUCCAAAACACCUUCAACACCGUCGACGCAACCCUCCCCCGCGGCGGAGACAACGGCAGAAAGAACCUCGACCAUCCGAAAGUCUACGUCGCGUGGUCGAAGCACGCCAUCUACCACGAUAGGAAUACAGGAUGGAACGAUUUGCUUUCCCAGCUGACGAAUAAUGCCUUUCGGUCGCAGGAUUGGUGGCAUUACCAUGCGAGUAGCUCGUACAUCCGCGCUGAUGGCUCGACCGAUACCGGGAGGCAGAUGGCUGGGAUGAAUUGGGGAUCGGCUACGAGUCAUCCAGCAAGUGUCCAUGAAGGGCUAUGUUCUGCCUGA